AUGAGGGCUUGUUUGGUGAAGUGCCUGCUCCUGGUGCUCUGUGCGAGCGCGCGCAGGCUGCUGGUGCUGGCAGACCCCCGGCUGGAGGCAGCUGAUGAGUCCGCUGACAGCGCCUCGACCCUGGCCUUUGUGUUCGACGUUACCGGCUCCAUGUACGACGAUCUGAAACAGGUGAUCGAUGGCGCCUCGCGGAUCCUGGAGAAGACCCUCAGCCGGAGGAUCAGACCGAUCAAAAACUUUGCCCUGGUGCCUUUCCACGACCCAGAUAUUGGCCCGGUGUCCAUUACCACUGACCCGCAGAAGUUCCAGCAGGAUCUGCAGGAGCUGUUUGUCCAGGGUGGGGGCGACUGCCCUGAAAUGAGCAUCGGAGCCAUAAAGAAAGCCCUGGAGGUUUCCCUGCCUGGAUCCUUCAUCUAUGUCUUCACUGACGCCAGAGCCAAAGACUACCGCCUGAAGAGAGACGUUCUGCAACUGGUGCAACUCCGCCAGUCACAGGUGGUCUUUGUCUUGACCGGGGACUGCGGGGACCGCUCCCAGCCUGGCUACAGGGCCUACGAGGAGAUCGCUGCCACCUCGUCUGGACAGAUUUUUCACCUGGACAAACAGCAAGUCAAUGAGGUUCUGAAGUGGGUAGAGGAGACAGUUCAGGCCAUGAAAGUCCACCUGCUUUCCUCCAACCAUGACAGCGCACAGGAAAACAAAUGGGAAGUCCCCUUUGACCCGAGCCUCCGAGAGGUCACCGUGUCCCUCAGCGGGCCGGCACCGCAGAUCGAGCUCAGCGACCCCUUUGGUCGGGUGGUUGGUGUCGAGCAGGGUCUCCAGGAGCUGUUAAAUAUUCCCAAUUCUGCUCGUGUCAUAAACCUUAAGUUUCCCCGACCCGGAGCUUGGAAACUGAAGGUUAGCUGCAGUGGGCGUCACACUCUGAGGGUUACAGGCGUCAGCAGUCUGGACUUCCGGGCUGGUUUUUCCCAUGUACCCGUUUCAGAGUUUAACCAAACCAGAGAGAGACCAGUAAAAGGACUUCCAUCCCACAUGCUGUUAAAAUGCACUGGCCUGAAGCCUCCAGGUCAUCUGAGCCAUGUGGAGCUCAUGUCGGGGUCGGGCCGUUCUUUGCGCACUAUUCCCAUCCCUUUGCCCUCUGACCUCGGCCAACAAGGGCUGUGGAGUCUCCCGGAAAUCCGCACCCCUCCCCAGAGCUUCUUCAUCAAGGUGACAGGCAAAGACGAGGAGGGCUACCGUUUCCAAAGGCUCUCUAGUGUCUCCUUCACCAACAUCAUUCCAGAUCCCCCAGCCGUGAAGAUGGCCGACGUGGUGAACGGCUACUACAUGCAGCCGGCUGCCAUAAGCUGUGCGGUGCAGAGUGACGUUCCCUACAGGUUGCGAUUCGUUAGAAGUGGGGUUACUCUCGGAGACGAGAAGUUAUUCCAAAACUCAGCCAUCACGUCUUGGGAGAUCGCUGCUGCAUCAGCGCAGGAUGAAGGCUUGUAUGAAUGCGUAGCACAGAGCAGCGCGGGACAAGGACGGGCCUCGACAAAGUUCACUGUCAGAGAGCCUCCUCCGGUCCUGAAGCCUGCAGUGAACGUGACGUCCUCCGUGGGCGGCGUGGCGGUGCUGUCCUGCCAGGUGGUGGGCUCCAUGCGCCACAACCUGACCUGGCAUCGGGCGGGCCGUGCCGUCCGGGCCCGGGCGGGGAGGGUGAAGCUACUGCCCGACUCGUCGCUGCAGAUCAGUGGGGUGCGGACUCAAGAUGCGGGGGAGUACCACUGCGUGGCCGCCAACUCCCACGGAGACACCAGCAUCACCGUGUGGCUAAUUGUCCCAGAGGCUCCUUCUGUGGUCGUUCACCCUCAGACCCAGGCCUUCUCCCGAGGGGAUGAGAUCCGCCUGGUCUGCUCGGCGUCCGGCUCCCCCCCUCCCCAGCUCUUCUGGAGCCAUGGAAACAUGUUUCUAACUAAUCGGCCGAGGUUGAGUCUAAAUCAGCACGGAGUCCUGACCAUCAGAGGCGCCCUCCCAGAGGAUGCUGGGAACUACACAUGUCUGGCAACCAAUGAAGCCGGGACGGCUUCUCAGUCUGCAUCACUCACUUAUUCUGAGGUGCCAAGAAUAACGGUGGUACAGCAGGUUGUACUUGUAUCUGUUGGUGGGGAUGCAACUUUAGAGUGCCAAGCCACGGGCAUCCCUCCUCCCCUCGUCCACUGGUUCAAAGGUGAGCUGGAGGUGGGCUCGGCUCCUUUCGUCCAGCAGGAUGUGCACCGCGGCUCCCUACACAUACGAGGCGUGCAGGAGGUGGACGCCGGUCAGUACCGCUGCGUGGCCAGCAGCUCGGCCGGAACCUCCGCUGGCUCCGUCCGUCUGGAGGUUGGAGCGGGCCCAUUGUUCUCCGAGGCACCGGUCGACACGACGGCUAACGUGGGCGAGAACAUCACCCUCCCUUGUAGCGUGAGAGGUUUUCCGCAGCCGACGGUCACCUGGCGCCGGCAAGAUGGCCGACAGAUUCUCAGGAGCCCGGACGGCCACAGUCGAACGAUGCAGCUGGAGAAUGGACAUCUUUUAAUCCAGAGUGUCUGGCUGGAUGAUGAAGGUCUUUACAUCUGUGAGGCCAAGAACCAAUUUGGAACCAUUACGACCGAGGCCAGAGUUAGUGUCACUGGACUGGAGCCUCCCCUCCUGGCCCAGGCCGCUCCCGUCAUCACGACUGGCAUUGGUCAGUCCCUCAGUAUUCCCUGCAUGCUUCUGGAGGGGAUACCUCUUCCAGAAAGACACUGGUCUCGAGAUGGAAAACCUGUCCGGCUGAAUGGGAGGAUGUUCUUGAGGAGUGAUGGAAGUUUGUACAUUGAAAGAGCCAUCCCAGAAGACACUGGGAGGUAUGUCUGCACUGCGGUGAAUGUGGCGGGCUCCAUGGACAUCACAGUCGACCUGGAGGUCCAAGUGCCCCCGGAGAUCAGCGCCGGUCCGUACCACUACAUAGCCAACGAGGGCGUAGCGAUCGCACUGUCAUGUGAGGCCAGCGGAGUUCCCAAGCCAGAUGUUGUCUGGUCCAAGGGGAGGCACCCUGUGCCCAGGGAGCAUUCGUCCCUUCAUCCCGACCCUGACGGAUCCCUCCACAUCCCCCAGCCCACCGCUGACGAUGCGGGGAUCUACGUCUGCACCGCCACCAGUCCUGUGGGCUACGCCAGCCGAGAGAUCCAGCUCAGUGUCAACACGAUGCCAAAAAUCAUGGGUGUGAGUGGCCAUGACAACGCGGUCAAGAUGGCGGCAGAGGUGGGGACAGAGGUCGUGCUCCCGUGUGAGGCCGAGGGAAGUCCGUCUCCGCUGGUCACAUGGAGCAGGAACGGGCAUCCCAUCCCCCCCGUCACAGCUGGGUUCACUGUUUUGCCCUCAGGCUCUCUGAAGAUCACUGAUGUGCGUCUGAUUGACAGUAAACUGUACACCUGCACCGCCGAAAACCCGGCAGGCAACGUGUCUCUGAGCUACAGUUUACACAUUCAAGCCAAGCCCAGGAUUCAGCCAGCGCCUCCGCUCCUCAAAGCCCUGAUCGGCCAAACCGUGACUCUGCCCUGUGUGGUCCAGGGCGAGCCCAGCCCUCAGAUCAGCUGGUUUCACAACGGACGACCUGUUGGGGUGAAGAAUACCUCCCCCCUGAGGAUCCAGCAGGCCGGACUGACGGACCAGGGCACCUACCGAUGUGUGGCCAAGAACGACGCCGGAGAAGAGACUCUGGACAUCAAGCUGGAAAUUCUAGAGGCCCCGUCGUUUGCAGAACCUGGAGAUGCCAUCAUGGAGAAAGUAGCGAGCAGCAAGGUCACCAUCCCCUGCCCUGCUGGAGGUUCACCGCGUCCAAAGGUGCGCUGGUUUAAGAACGGCCUGGAGAUAUACCCCGAACAGUCAGAGUUUUCUGUGGCGAGGGAUGGAGCUCUUGUAAUUAGCACGGCAUCUGCCAGCCACAGUGGGGACUUCAAGUGUGUUGCAACCAACGAGGCGGGCUCUGUUGAGAGAAAGACGAGGCUAAAAGUGAACGUUCCCCCGGAGAUCCAGGAUGACGGCCAGCCCCUGAACCUCACCGUCACUCUGAAGCAGCCUCUCACGCUGGGCUGCGAUGCCUUCGGGAUCCCCUCUCCAGUCAUCACCUGGACGAAAGACGGUCAUCAUGUGGACAGCCCUGGGGUGUAUCUGCAGAACGGAAACCGGCUGCUCAGAAUCUACAGAGUUCAGCCUGAACAUGCAGGACGAUUUGCAUGUACGGCUCAAAACUCAGCUGGAGAAGCCAGAAGAGAAUACACCAUAGUGGUGCAAGCUCCGCCAGUGAUCUCUGGAGCAUCUCGACUGCAGGAGUUAACGGUAGUCCUGGGACAGGAGGUGGAGUUCCAGUGUCGGGUGAGCGGGCGACCGGCCCCCCGAGUGGAGUGGAGCCGCGACGGAGAGGUUCUGUCCCGUGACGGGGACCCUCAUGUGGAGUUCUUGGAAGACGGCCAGGUGCUGAAGGUGAAGUCAGUGAGACUGAGGGACCAGGGCCUCUACCAGUGUCUGGCCAGCAACAACGCAGGAACUCAGAUGCGCCAGUUCAGGCUCACCGUGCAAGCUCCGCCGAACAUUAAAGGGCCGAGCGACACGUCCGAGGUGUCGGUGGUGCUCGGCUUCCCCACAGUGCUCUCCUGUGAUGUUGAGGGCUCGCCCACUCCCACCAUCACCUGGCUGAAGGACAAUCAGCCCAUCGUGUCCACUCCCCAGCUGACGUACAGCCGUGGCGGGCGGGCGCUGCAGCUGGGCUCGGCGCGGGGAGACAGCAGUGGCCUCUACACCUGCAGAGCCACCAACCCCGCCGGCACGGCUGUCAAGCACUACUCCCUGACAGUUCUGGUCCCACCACAGAUAGAAGGGGAAUCUACGUCUCUAACGUUCGGUGGUCAGGGAGAGAAAGUACGGAUCAAUGAGAGUUUGACUCUGUCCUGUCUGGCCAAAGGUUUCCCUGAGCCCAAAGUCCAGUGGUUCAAAGAUGGACAGUUGCUGAGUGGAGACCUCCAUGCCGGCAUUAAGAAGAACGGCCACCUCCUGCAGAUACAAAAUGCUACAAUGUCCCACGAGGGACAAUACACCUGCGUUGUGACCAACUCUGCAGGAGAAGACAAGAGAGACUUCCACGUCACCAUCCAAGUCCCUCCAGUCUUCCAUCGGGUGACAAACAGGGAAGCGGCCUGGGGUUUGGGCCAUGACGGUGACGAUGAGGACAUGGUGGAUAAACGGGAGGUUGUGCUAGGCCAUUCGGUCAGCCUGUCCUGUGAGAGUAACGCUAUCCCGCCACCCAAGCUCAGCUGGUACAGGGACGGACGUAAACUCAGCUCUGCUGACGGAGUGGUGCUGCUUCCAGGUGGGCAGGUGCUCCAAAUCAGUCGUGUGCAGAAGGAGGAUGCGGGAAAGUACACAUGUGAGGCUGUUAAUGAGGCAGGCGAGGACCACAUGCACUUUGAGCUGGAAAUUCUCAUCCCUCCAGUUAUUAUGGGAGCGUCGGAGGAGUUUAUGGAGGAAAUGGGAGCUGUGGUGAACAGUACUGUGGUCCUGCAUUGUGACGUGAGCGGACAUCCGGCUCCGGUCGUCUCCUGGAUGAGAGACGGGCUGCCGGUUCUCUCCGACUCACAGCACCACAUCAGCGAGGAUGGGAGUCAACUCAAGCUGCUCAGCGUCCAGGUCUCGGACAUGGCGGGGUACUUGUGUGUCGCCGAGAACAAGGUUGGAACCGUUGAGAAGCUCUUCAGUCUGACGGUGCAAGUUCCACCUAAAGUAACUGGUCUUAAGGAGGAGACCGUCAGUGUGAUCGAGGGUCACAUGGUGUCACUACUGUGUGACGUUCAAGCGUACCCUCCUCCAGAGAUCACCUGGACCAGAGAUGGACAGAUCCUCCACUUCAGCACAGGCGUUCACAUUCUGCCAGGUGGCCAGAUGCUGCAGUUACCCCGAGCUCGACUGGAAGACGCUGGACAGUAUGUGUGCACAGCCACCAACUCAGCAGGCCAGGAUCAGAAGAGUAUUAUCCUCAAAGUUUAUGUCCUGCCCACCCUGAAGCCCCGGCACGAUGCUGAGUCCGACUCCGUGACCCCUCACGUCGGCUCCUCGGUCACGUUGAGCUGCGAAGCCCGCGGCGUCCCCGAGCCCGAGGUCACAUGGUACAAAAACGGGCUGCAACUGGCUGCUGGAAACGGGGUGAAGAUAGAUCGCCACCAGCUGGAAAUCCUGGGAGUUCAGAUGGCAGAUGGAGGCGUCUACACCUGCAAAGUGUCCAACGUGGCUGGUCAGGUGGACAGGACGUUCAGGAUGGCAGUUCAUGUUCCACCUGUACUGGAAGGGCCUCUUCAAGAGUCAUUGAAUUACACCCUGGGCUCUCACGUGGCCCUGCUGUGUGAAGCCACCGGGGUCCCGGUCCCCAGCAUCACUUGGCUCAAAGACGGAACUCCUAUCGAGAGCAGCCUGCAGUGGCAGUGGUCCAUUCGGGGGAACCGGCUGGAGCUGGGCCCUCUCAGCCUGUCUCACGCCGGAACCUACAGCUGCGUGGCAAAGAACAGCGAGGGGCAAACCCAGAGGGACUACCGGCUCACCGUGCAGGUGUCGCCCACUAUCCUGGACUCGGACCGGCCGUCGGAUGUGAGUGCAGCCAUGGGAGAGACGCUGACCCUGGAGUGCAGAGCGAGUGGAGUACCGACGCCUCAACUCAGCUGGCUGAAAGACGGAGUACCUUUAAAGGGAUCAGACGUCCGUCACAUUGACAUCACCCCUGAUGGCAGCUCGCUGACCUUACUGAGGCUGAGCUCCGAGGAUUCUGGGACGUACACCUGCUUGGCUGUGAGUCCAGCUGGCCAGGAGAGCAAACUUUACACCCUCUUUGUUCUGGUCCCUCCGUCUAUUUCUGGUGAGACCGCCGUCCCCAGAGAGGUGCAGGUCACUCAGGACAGCGCGGUGACGCUGGAGUGCCAGGCGGCGGGAAACCCUCCGCCGCAGAUCAGCUGGCUGAAGAACGGCCGUCCGCUGCUGCUGUCCCCCCGAGCACGCCUCCUCUCCGGAGACACCAAGCUGAGGAUUUCUCCAGUGCAGCUGUCUGACUCUGGAGUGUACACGUGCGCGGCUCGCAGUCGAGCCGGCCUCGCUGAGCUGAGCUAUGACGUUCAAGUCCAAGUGCCCCCUGGAGUGGAUCACGUUGAACCGGUGGAGCCGGUGACAGUAGUCCAGGGAUCCUUGGUGACGCUGACCUGCGAAGCGCGUGGCGUUCCCCCGCCCACGCUCACCUGGCUGAAGGACGGGCAGCCGCUGUCGCUUCACCGCAACCUGCUGCUGGACGGCCAGGAGACACGGCUGCAGCUGCCGGACGUGGCGCCCUCUGACGCAGGCCUCUACAGCUGCGUGGCGAGUAACCAGGCUGGCAGCAGCACCAAGAGCUUCAACCUCACUGUGCUCGAGCCUCCAAAGAUAUCCACCUCCGGCUCUCCGGACGAGCUGACGAUCGCUGUGAACAGUCCUCUGGAGCUGGAGUGCUCCGCCGUGGGGGUCCCGCCCCCCUCCCUCAGCUGGCUCAAAGACGGCCGCCCUCUGGAAGGACCCGGCAUCGUCCAUCAGGACGGUCAUUUUGUCCGGAUCAGUAAAGUUCAGGUGGAGGAUGCAGGUCUGUACACCUGCUUGGCCAGCAGCCUCGCCGGAGAGGAUGGAAAGAAUUACUGGGUCCGAGUCCAAGCCCCGCCGACGCUGCUCGGCUCUGGUGACGUGAGGACACUGACGGUUCCGGUUAAUGGACACCUGACCUUGGAGUGCCUGGCCGGCAGCGACCCUCCUCCUGACAUUGAGUGGUACAGGGAUGACAUUAAACUGCAGCCGGGUGGUCGCAUCCAGCGGCUGGCAGGGGGUCAGUACCUGGAGAUACAGGAAGUCCAGCCUGAGGACAGCGGCCAGUACAGCUGUGUGGUGACCAACAUCGCUGGAAGCACCAGCCUGUUCUUCACUGUGGAGAUUAUCUUGCCCCCGGUAAUAAAGGAGAGCGGCGCCGUGGUGACUGUGCAUAUCGGUAAGGAUGCAGUUUUACCGUGUGAGGUGGAAGGCGGCUCCUCACCUGCAGUCAUGUGGCGGAAGGAUGGAUUCCCCAUACCGAAAGACAGCAAGAAGUACACGUUGCUGUCGGAGGGCUCUCUCACUGUAUCCGGGGCUCAGCUGAGCGAUGCCGGUCGUUACUACUGCACCGUGUCCAACCAGGCGGGUUCAGAUCACAGGGGGAUGGAUCUCCGGGUUUAUGUGGGUCCUUCCAUCAGUCCGGGCCCAUUCAAUGUGACCGUGACCACGGGGAUCAGAGCUGUGCUGAGCUGCGAGACCACAGGCAUACCCCCACCUACAGUCUCCUGGAAGAGGAACGGCGCUCCGCUCGAUGUCAGCCUGCAGCCCGGCGCAUACAGGUUACUGUCCUCUGGGUCCCUGGUUCUUCUGUCCCCAGCCAAUGAGGACGAAGGUUAUUUCGAGUGCACUGCAGUCAAUGAUGUGGGAGAGGAGCGUAGGGUCAUCGAGGUCAACCUGCAAGUGGCGCCGUCUAUCGAAGAUGACGUUACAGCAGUGAAAGCGGUCAAAAUGUCUCCGGUGGUGUUGCCUUGUCACGUACAAGGACGCCCUCAGCCUGCCGUCACCUGGACGAAGGGAGGGGCCAAGCUGAGCACCAGAGGGGGAAGUUACCGCAUCCUUCCAACGGGAGAGUUGGAGAUAACCGCUGCCGUGCCAAGUCAUGCUGGCAGCUACACAUGCUCGGCCCGCAACCCAGCCGGAGUGGCGCACAAACACAUCAGCCUCACAGUGCAAGAGCUGCCAGAGAUCAAGCCGUCCGCAGACGAAGUGCAGGUGGUGUUGUAUCACGCCGCCGUUCUCCCUUGUGAGGUCCGAGGCUUCCCCAGGCCAUCAGUCACCUGGCAGAGAGAGGGGGUCCCUAUAGCUGCAGGCCACCGGCUGGCUGUGCUCUCAAACGGAGCCCUGAAGUUCUCUCGUGUGACGCUCGGCGAUGCCGGGACCUACCAGUGUCUGGCCAAGAACGAAGCUGGUGUCGCUGUGGCCAGAACCAAGCUAGUCCUCCAAGUUCCCCCAGUGCUGAGUGUCCCUCGUGUGGAGUACACCGCCGUCCUGGGCCAGCCCGUCAGUCUGGAGUGUGUCGCUGAUGGACAGCCUCAACCUGAAGUGACCUGGCACAAAGACAGGAGGCCUGUGGUUGAUAGCGCUCACACACACGUCUUUGCCAAUGGAACCCUGGCAAUCAUGUCGUCUCAGCGCAGUGACGCAGGACUCUACACGUGCACUGCCAAGAACCUGGCUGGCCGAGUCAGCCACGAUAUGAGGCUGUUCAUUCAAGUGCCGCCCAUGAUUCCUCCUGCUCAGACUGAGCUGUCAGUGGUUCAGGGAUUCCAGGCCCUGCUGCCCUGUGCCGCUCAGGGCUCGCCAGAGCCCCGGGUGUCCUGGGAGAAAGACAGGGCCCCCGUGCCCAAGCUUCCCGGUAAAUUCACCGUCCUGCGAUCAGGAGAGCUGAUCAUCGAGCGGGCCGAGCUCGGGGAUGCGGGCGUGUUCACCUGCGUCGCCACCAACGCCGCAGGCUCCGCGAGGCAGGACAUCCACCUGUCGAUCAACAUGAGGCCGGCCUUCAAGGAGCUGCCAGGCGACGUCACCCUGAACAAAGGGCAGAGCCUGGCCUUAUCCUGCCACGCUCAGGGAACGCCGCCUCCCGUCAUCUCCUGGGCGAGCAACAACCGACCCUACGCAGGUGCAACUGUGGACGAGGCAGGCAGGAGCUCCAUCGUCAUUGAGAAUGUGACCAUGACUGAUGCGGGGACCUACGUGUGCAUUGCGGAGAACAGCGUGGGCUCGAUCCGAGCGCUCUCGUUCGUCCGAAUCAGGGAGCCUCCCGUGUUGAAGGGUGAAGCCCGCAUGUCUCAGACGGUCGUCCAGGGUGCCUCCGCAGUGCUGGACUGUCCGGUCCACGGAGACCCCAGCCCCAUCCUGCACUGGCUCCGGAACGGAAAACUUUUAAUGCGCUCCAUCCGGAUGCAGGCGCUUCACAACGGCUCCCUGGUCAUUUACGGCAUCACGGCAGCAGACGAAGGGGAGUAUCAGUGUGUGGCUGAGAGUGAGGCCGGAACAGCGGAGAGGACAAUCGCUCUCAAAGUUCAGGUCAACGGAGGCUACUCUAACUGGGAGGAGUGGGGUCCCUGCAGCAGCUCCUGUGGGCAAGGCUUCCAGGAACGAAUCAGAUUAUGCAACAACCCAGAGCCGGCCAAUGGCGGACGGUCAUGCAGCGGCCCCAGUAUUGACUCCAGGAAAUGUCAGACUGGUCUGUGUCCAGGUGACGUUCCUCGUAAGACCAGAGGCAGUCUGAUCGGGAUGGUGAAUGAGAGGGAGUUUGGUGUGUCCUUCCUGGAGGCAAACAUCACAGACAACACGGAGGAGGGGAGCAGCACCCUGCAGGCACGCCUGGACAACGUCCCCCCCUCUGUGGGUCCCUUGCUGCGCGUGCUGGUGUCAGUGUUCACUCCGGUGUAUUGGACCACUGUGCUGCAGAGCGGAGCAGCCAGAAACGGCUACUCCUUCACUCAGGGCCAGUUCAGACAGGAGUCUCAGCUGGAGUUUGAGACUGGAGAGGUCCUGCGUUUGACCCACGUCGCCAGAGGCGUGGAUCCUGAAGGAGUCUUGCUCAUCGACAUCGUGAUCAACGGCUUUGUUCCCCCCUCGCUGUCGUCAUCACAUCUCAGCUUACAGGAGUUCGAUGAGUCAUACGUGCAGACGGGCCAAGGGCAGCUGUACUCGUGGUCAUCUCAAGCCCACCAGAGAGGAGGAAGCCCCAUGGUGCUGCGCUGCAAUCACACAAUUAUUUACGAGGACCAGGAGGAGCGCCAGGGCCCUCUGCUCCAGCUGCUCAAGGUCUCCGGUGUGAACAGCGUCUACAACAUGUUGACCCUCACUCUGGAGUUCCACAUCACUGCCAGCCUCAUCAUCCCAGAUGGUUAUGAAGACACGUGCCCUAAAGGGUUCGUUCUUGACACAGCCUCCUACUGUGCUGAUGAAGAUGAGUGUGCCCUGCAGUCUCCCUGCUCUCAUUCAUGUAACAACAUCAUGGGAGGCUUUUCCUGUUCCUGCCCCUCUGGCUUCACCAUUUCUGCAGAGAGCAACACAUGCCAGGAUAUCGACGAAUGCGCCCAAGGCUCACACAUGUGCCACUACAACCAGCAGUGUGUCAACACACUGGGGACCUACCGCUGCCAGGCCAAGUGUGGACCGGGAUUCCAGCCCAGCAUCACGGGGACCGGCUGCGAAGAUGUGGAUGAGUGUCAGGAGUCUGUUGUCUCCCCGUGCCAGCACCAGUGCCUCAACACUCUGGGUUCCUAUCGCUGCAUCUGCCACCCUGGUUACCAGAUGUCAGGCCAACGCUGCGUCGACAUCAACGAGUGCAUGAGGAACGUGUGCCCAGCUCACCAGCAGUGCCGCAACACAGAAGGAGGGUACCAGUGCUUUGACAGCUGUCCAGCUGGGAUGACCCAGGCGGAGAACGGAGCCUGCAUGGACAUUGACGAGUGCCUGGACGGGAGCCACAUGUGUCGCUACACUCAGAUCUGCCAGAACACCGUCGGGGGUUACGCCUGUGUGUGUCCCAGAGGCUACAGGUCUCAGGGAGUGGGCCUUCCAUGUUUAGAUGUGGAUGAAUGCCAGCAGACGCCCAGCCCGUGUGCCUACCAGUGCAGGAACGUGCCCGGCAGCUUCAGGUGCACGUGUCCCCCGGGCACCGUGCUGCUCGGGGACGGACGCUCCUGCGCCGGGCUGGAGAGGGGCCAGACCUUCGCCAACGGCACCAGGGUCCGGGCCAGACUCCGCCCCCAGCUGGUCUCGUCCCUCGGCCGGCCGAUCCUGUCCAGGUCUCAGGGAGUGUCCCGGAUCACCCGGCAAAGCUGCCCGGCCGGAUACACCAACAGAGACGGGACGUGUGUCGAUGUGGACGAGUGUCUGUUCAGGAAGCCGUGCCAACACGAGUGCCGAAACACCAUUGGCAGCUUCCAGUGUUUAUGUCCUCCAGGAUACCAGCUGCUGCCCAACGGCAGAAGCUGUAAAGACAUCAAUGAGUGCACAGAGCAGGGUGUCCAGUGUGGACACAACCAGAUGUGUUUCAACACUCGAGGAGGAUACCAGUGUCUGGAUACACCCUGUCCUGCGUCCUACCAGAGCGGAGGAAGCCCUGGGACGUGCUUCCGGCCCUGCUCUCUGGACUGUGCCACGGGAGGCUCUCCUCUGAUCCUGCAGUACAAGCUGCUCACGCUGCCCUCCGGCAUACCGGCCAAUCACAACGUGGUGCGCCUCUCCGCCUUCUCCGAGUCCGGCGUGCUGCAGGAGCGCACCUCCUUCGUGAUACUGGAGCAGGAGUCGGCGGCGGGCGCGACGGGCCGGGUGUUCGGCAUCCGGGACGAGGCCGGCAGGGGGAUCAUCUUCACCCUGCGGCCGCUGGACAGACCGGGCCUGGUGCGGCUCAAGGUGCAGGCCACCACCAUCUCACCGCAGGGACGCAUCACCUACCAGAGCAUCUUCAUCAUCUACGUCUCCAUCUCGGCGUACCCCUACUGAUCCCGCACAGGAGACCGUCCGGCGGUGGCGUUCGGACGCCUCCCGCCCGCGCCGUGCCUUUGGACACCAUGAUAAUCUCCCGUACCAGAUGAGGCGGGCUGGGUUCCCGGGGGAGUUUCAAACCCUCCUUUCAACGUCGCCUUCAGUGGGAUCUGAUCAACAAUUGCUGGGCAAAACCUUUUACACUGAAGACAUACGAACACAAUCAGCUGUUCAUGUUUUUAUUAUGUAUCCCAGAAAGACUGAAACCAUCGUUUUAAUUCAUAAAAUACAUAAAAGUGUCAAACAAGCACUGAAAGUCGUUUCAGCACCUGUCAGGAAAUGCCACAUCUUUUAUUGUUCUGCUUUGUAUCGUUUUCUAAGUUAGUUUCAAAUGUUGAGUUUCUAUUUUUUUGGGACUGGUUUAUCCUCUUAUAAAAAUACUUUUGUCGCCGACUGUUGGAAAUACAGGCCUGCCACAAAUAUUUCCUCAGCUAUGAAAUUGUGCCACGUUUCCCCCCAUUUUUAUCACUUUAAUUUAUUUAAGUCAUUUGAACACAUCAACUGGUGCGUUGAGCCACCGUCACACACGCUUUGUGCCUCGCAGUGACAGAGGCUCGUGCUUCGUCUGUUCUGUGUGUUUUUCUGCUGGUUUACAGGAAUUCUUCUGUCUCCUCACAUGUGAAGGUGCUGCU